AUGCCGAGCAAACAACGCACUUUCGAAUUGGUGGAUGCGCCAAAAGUCCAUCGACCAAUGACCAGUAAGCAAGCAAAAAAAGCAUACCAAAAAGCAAAUCGAACGCCACGGAUAACGAAAGCGGAACAAAAGCGACGAGAUGCCGAAGAACUGGCGAAGCAUAGGAAAGCAUAUGAAAAGGAACAAGCAGCUGCGAAAGCAAAAGCGGCGAGAGAUAAAAAAGCUGCAAAGGCAUUAGAGCAGAAAGAAGAAAGGAAGAGACAGGGGAUACCGGAACCCAGCAGACAUGUCCGCCCAAGUCAGUCGAGGAUUUCUUUAUUUUUGAAGCAGGGGACCAAGAGAUUCCAGGAGACGUCGAAUACAGGUGAAGAAUCUGAGGGUACUGUGUGCGACGAUUUGGAUGACGAACCGCCAGCGAAACGAGUUGCGCAUGAUAUUUUCGAGGAGGACGAGGACGAAGACGAGGACGAGGAUAAGGAUGAAAAUGAGUAUAAAGUCUUGUCGAGACAAAUUACGCGUCGCAAUCUCGAGUACAAAGAUGAAACCCAGAAGGAGCACCUCGCAAACAAAAAGAGUGAUGAGGAUAUAGUCAUUUCGAGGUCACCAAUGCUACCAGAAGAUUCCGAGGACGAAUUUGGGGAUUUUCCGCCCUUGUCAGAAAACGAUAUUUCGUUAUUGGACACUAGUUCUAUGCAUUCCACUCCAGUAAAUGCGAACCUAGGUAGGGCUAGAUCUGCGGGUCUAACAAGACCCCCGUUUCAUAAACCUACCACCCCGUUCAAUGAUGAGCAAGAGUUACCACGGAUGAAGAAUUUUGAAAGGGAACAAAUUUCCCCCGAUGACGCAUUUGAGUUGGAGAAUUUACUUGAUUCUCAAAUCCGUUCUGAAGCAGCAGAUGCAGCUUGCAAGUCGGAUAGUAAACAAGCAGUAUCAAUUGACAAAGAGAUCUGCAGAGAGAACAUAAAAUCGAUAACUCCUACGUCAAACAGGCUUGUAAAGGAUUUUGCGGAGGAAAGAGAACUUCUUUGGCAUGCGCCUAUUCAUGGUAGAAAUAAAUCAAUUUCCCAAUCCGCACAUAUAAGAUCACCAUUACGUCUUCCCAGGGCUUCAGCCACAAAAGUGACGCAUGAAAAGCAAAAUAGCUCACACUCACGCAGAGUAUCUCAUGAUCGUCUACAAGGUCCUCUAUCUGAUAUGACUGGCGAUAAAUCUUCGAUACCAGGGACAAAUACACGCCGCGAUUCCAGGCCGUCAAAUAGAAACCUACCUCCCGCAAAGAAAUUACUGGAUGUUGCUCCAGCUAUGUCAAAGUCUGCUACUGCCAUUGCAUCUGAGAGUUCGAUCUCUCGAAUAACCGAUUUGGGUCAGAAGGCUUCGCGAGAGGGAUCCGUUCACUCUCUUGUGCCCAAAUCUCAUCAGGUUAAACCAGAACCGGUUCAAAAACCCCCUGUUCAAGCCCCUGUUUCCAAUUGCUAUAUACGCCCCGCACUCCAGGAAAAAUCUAUCAACAUGGGUCCCCCAGCUCUUCCCCAGAAAAGCAAACUUGGAACGACGCUUGUUCCUCCAGUCAAUACCAGGAAAAUAUCUGACAAUUAUAGUCUUCCACCUUCCACACAAGCAUUUCUUGAAUCUCAUCUUGAUGACUUUUUUCCUAGUGCAACUCAAGAAGCUAGAGAACUAUGUGAAGAACCCACUGCACCUCUGCCUUUUACAGGCUUAGAAGGAAAUUCUGCACACCAACGCCGCGAAGAAAAACAAGGAUAUUCAAAGGAUAGUGUUCCUACAACUGCUGAUGAUGAAUUUGGAGGCAUAUUAUCUACGCAGGAACUCAAAAUGUUUUCGCAGGAUUGGGAAAUGUCUGAUUCAACGCCCCAAAAAGGAAAUGAAAGGGAAAACACCGUUGGAUCUCACAAAGAGAUAUCGGUAGGAAUAGAAGACCUACAAAGGUUCAUUUGCAGCCAAGAUUCAAUUUUUUCCAGUCAAGAACUUGCCGGACUGGAGAAUGUGUCAAAACCCAAAUCACCGAUGGCAAGCCCAUCACGGCUGUCACAAGCUCAAGUAUCCAUUCUCAACCACCCGCAAGGUCGAUCAGCAAGAAUGCAAAGCCAGUCAGCUGAGUCGAGUACUCCACAAAUUGAUCCAGAAAUGGAACUUACGCCAAAACCAAAAAGAUCACCUUGGUUCAAGGAGAAACCCGAAGACAAAUUUAGUAAAAAAAGAUUUUUCACCGAGAAACCAGAAGAUUUGGAGGCUGCUGCUUUAGCGGAGAGUAAGAAAGCAUGGGAUGAAAUCAAAGAGGCGACUUCAUCCAAUAGACAUAACUUUGAUGAUGACCUUGAGCCCGAAGUAGAUGAACAGUUUAAAGCUGCGCUUGCUGAAAGUAAGGAGUGGGAUGAGGUAUACAAAGCGGUUCUUCCCACGCCUACACAAGGAAAGUCUAGUGAGAGGAGCAGAUAUGAGACGGAUAUUGAGGAGGCAGAAUUGCAAACACCAUCACGAAUAAUAGACAUGCAGAAGGGAGCGAGUGCCAUAAUGAACGAGACACAACAGUUUAAAAGGGCAGCUAGUGUUGCUAGUACCGAUUAUGGUGAUGGAGAGGUUUCCGAUUGGGACGGGGUGUUAGAUGGGCUUUGA